CCCAUUUGUCUCUGCUUCCUCCAGAGGUGAACGAUGCCAUGGAGCCCGCUGGCAAGGGGCAGGAGGAGCAGCCGCAUUCGCCCGAGGGUCAGAAAGCCAGGCCCCUGCCCCCUCCCCGGCCAUUCCCCUCCAGCCGCAUCAAGACGCCCAGCUACCCCGCCGGCUGCAGGUGGUCAUCGGGUGGAUCGCGACCCCUGCCCUCUCCGGGGAGCCCGGCGUCUGUGUCUCAUCACAUCCUGACGGUCAGCGACCCCGCCAUCUCUCCCAGCCGCCGCUCUGUGGUGCCCAGACGCCACAGCCUGAUAGCCCACCACGUGGUACAGAGGGGGAUGGUCACCUCCCCUCCCCGGCCUGCCCGGACUCCAGCCCCCCUGGUCAGGAGCAAGGACGGAGCCCCCUCCCUGCCCCACCGGGACGCCGCGGAACGGAAGACUGAGGGGGCGUGCGCCCGCCCACGGGCGGCACCCACACUCCCCGGGGCCGAGCAGCGGAACGGGCUGGAGAGAGAGCCCCGGGGCGAGCCGAGGGAGGUGCCCGGCUCCAGGCGGGCGCUGCCCGGGGACGCUGGGGGGCAGCAGCACGGCAGCCCCCUGGGGCCCAAGAUCCUGGAGACGCUCGGGCAGUUCGGGGUGCGGAGGGUGGAAGCACCCGGGCAGAGGAGGGAGGAGGAAGAGGAGGAGGAGAAGGGGGCGCUGGAGCUGCCCUGCCCCCCCCUCAGCGCCGCUGAGCUCCUGGCACCGGGGAGCAUGUUCGAGGGGGCGGGCAGCGAGGACGCCCCCUCCCUGCUGGGGGACGGGGAGCACCCCUUCGACGCCAUCGACCUGGACAUUGUGUCAGUGCUGAGCUCGCCCAACCUGCUGGCGUGCGGGGCUCAGGGAGACUGCCCUGCGCCCGCUCCAGCUGGGCAGGGGGAGAUCCCACAGCCGGGAGCGGCCGUCCCCGAGAGGAGGGGGCGCCAGCGAGGCGGGGGAGGAGGAGGGGGAGGCGCCAGCGAGGGCGAGGAGGAGGACGAGGAGGACGAGGACGAUGACCUGGAUAACUACUACAACUUUGCCCGCACGGUGGUGACCGAGGAGGUGAUGGAGCAGCUGGCAUCCGAGUGCUUCGGCCUGGACUCGGCCGAGGUGCCCACCAUCGACCAGCUGGACGGGGUGGACGACUCGGACGGGGGAGGGGGCGAGGGAGGGGGAGCGGAAGAGGGCAGGGCCCCGCCCUCCCCCCCCCAGCCCCACCAGGCGCCCCUGCCCCCGCCCCUGAUCUCCCCAGCCGGGAGGCGGCGUGGUGCUGCUCAACAACGGCGGGCAGCACGUGGUCAUCCUGAAGGGGGCGGAGGAAGGGCCCGCGGCCUGCCCCCAGCCCCAGCCCCCGCGGGCCGGGUACGGGACGGUGCUGCUGGCCUCCCCGGGCCCGGUCUCCCUGCUCCAGCCCCCUCCCCCGCCGCUGCCCGUCCUCAACCUGGUGCUGGGACGCCGCGAGACCCCACCCCCUCCCCCACUGCCUCCUCCGGCCACCCGCCUGGUGCCCGCGCCCCGGAGCGGGCUGGCGGCACCCAUCCUCCCGCAGGCCUCCCCCUCGGGUUCCCCGGACCGCGCCCCCACCAAGCUCCCUCACCCAGGACCCCCGGCGGCAGCCUCCUCCGACCCUGUGCUCGCCAAGAAACCGAAAACCUCCCACAUCUGGAUCGAUCAGCUGGGCGCGGAACGCAAGGUGCUGGAGGAUCUGCCCCAGGUCCAGCCUCCGGCCUCCUUAGGAAACGGUCGGGUAAGGAUAAAAACCCCAACUAUUAAGGCCACUUUAAACUUGGAUCGGACAGGAAGCAUGAAUUCACACAACGUCAGGUCUGAGUCAGUCAAGGAGCCCACCUCCAAUGUAAUCGGUCUGGCAACGUUGGACUCUACUGUUUGCCAUAAUAACCGGGGCAAUCCGCUCCGAGACUGGAAACGCU